AUGAACUUCGACCAAAUCGACACUAUGCGGCAGAUUUUACAGCAGACGAGCGUCUUUCCUCCGCCGGGGACUCCCAUCAAGACAAGGGGUCUCAGAGAAGUGUGCGAGGUCGACGGCCGCACAUUCUUUAGGAAGCGGGGUGCGCAGGAUUGGACUGAGGACACUUCCAACCCCGAGGAGUUGAAGCCACCGGCCGAAAAUCCCCAUCUCUAUCUCUAUCUCGUCCAAGAAGAACAAGCCCCCGGAGAGCCCAACCAUUGGGCACUCUUCCUUGCCGACGAAAACGAGCCGGACUACGGAUAUGUGUACCAAGUCACGGGGGAUGCACAGGAUAUGAAGUACGACCCGUCGACUGAUAAGAUCAAUGUCGUUGACGCUGGCUUCACUGCCAACAUCUACACCCUGGCUGUUGUGUCGGAAGACCAGGCCAGAGUAGCCAAGCUGGUGAAACAGGCUGCGGAGGAGGAGCUUCCUCCCCAAGCGGAGAAUCGGAAAUCUGUUACGGAGAAUUGCCAGGGGUGGACUGUGCGUGUGAUCGCUAGACUGGUUAAGGAGAAGAUUGUUAUGCCUCAAAAGCUUGAAGUGGCAAGGUCCCUGAUGCAGCCUGUACAACUAUUUAAAACAUUCAUCCAAGAAAAGUGA